AUGAGGGCUCUAUUACCCCUCCUAUUACUUGUGGCCUGUGCUUGGGCCACACAGAAUCAGACGCCGGCAGCGCCUUGUCCAGCAAACACUUUUACGUGUAAAGAUGGUUCCUGUAUACCAGAGGAUUGGGUGGGAGAUGGAGAGCCGGACUGCGAUGACCAUUCUGAUGAAGAAGGGUUAGAACCUGUUGAUGUUCCUCCCCCUAAGGCUGAGGCUAAAGCGCGUGAUCAAAAACCUCAAACCCCUGCCCAAGAACCCACUCACACCGAAGAUGCUCUAGAAGAGGAAGAGAGCAGCGAAGAAGAGGAAGAGAUUACGACCACCGCUGCUACUACAUCCGGUGAUUGCCCGAAAGAGCAUGCUCAACGCUACACCGAAUGCGGACGCUCGAUCGCUGGUCUCAUCGAAGAUCUGGGGCGUUUGAAUCUUUCUAAAACAUCACUUAUGGAAGAUCCGGAGAAUCUCGACAAACUCGAAUCUUCUUGCGAACUGCUCCGUGAGUAUGAAAUUUGCAUCGAAGGUGCUGCGAUGGCUUGUGAACACUCCCCUGCCGUUCACGCUUGGAAAGAGGUUGAAAUGUAUUUCUGCCAACUGCUCGUGCCUUCGGUCAAGGAGCAUACCGCUUGCUUCCAGAUGAAACGCAACGAGACUUGCGAUGUCAAUAUCCCCACUGCUUCAUCACCACUUUGCCGCGUUGUAUCGUCCGUCAUCCAAGAUAUUGGCUGCCUCGAGACAUCUCGAGCCUGUGAAGGAGACGCUCAUGAAAUGCUGACCCCAAUCCAGAUGGAGAGCGAGCAUAUUGCUAAGGAAAUUAGAUGUCCGGCUGUGCCAUCAUUGACUGGUGCUGAUGCUUCUGUGGAAAAUAAGGAGGAAAUGGUUGAGCCUACCACUACACCUACCACCACAACCGAGGAGCCCACCACUCCUACGACCACAACCACAACACCAAAACCGACCACCACCACCUCCAAAACCACGACGGAAGCCCCGACUACAACAACAGCCACAACCACCGAAGAACCAUUUGAGAGUUCUGCCUUUGACAAGACGGAGACCGUCUCAAAAUCAGCGGAAGCUAAAUCAGAAGAAGAGGGAGAGGACAUGGCGGAACUCGAAGCUACCCUGCGGAAAGAACAUGAACAGAUGAUCCAAAAAUCGACCGCUGCCACGGCCCACAAGGUUGCCACCGGAGUGAUGCCAUCAUUGACCGAUUCCGUGAAAGCUUUGCUGGAAAUCGAGACCGUUUGCGAACAAGGCACUGACAAGCCGGAAGUCUUUGGCCGGCUCCACAAAGAACUGUGCAGCAAACGCGAAGAAAUCUUCGAACACCAGGAAUGCUUCCAAGCCACGCUCGCCAAGGCCAAGUGCGCUCUCAGGGAGGCCAAGAAUGAGUGUGAGGCCCUUGAAGCUUUCAACGUCAACUUGGACUGUGCCAUCGUGACGAUGAAUGAGGAAUGUCCAGUUGAAGCUCAGGAUCUUGUCGUCGCCCUCCAAGAACAAAUCAAUGAUGCUUCCAUCGAAUUGAAGUGCUUCCAGGACGAAGAGAAGAAGGAAAAGGACGAAAAAAACUCGACCCCUGCCGAAUUCCCGCUCGACCCAACGCUCCCCAAAUGCACCGAUUCUCAAGAAAACGGCGCCCUUGCUUGCCUUGUCGAAUUGGCCGAAAUCAACCGCCAAUUUGCCGAAUUCCAGCAACAGAACUUCCUUUUGGAGAUCGCCACCGAAAACUCGACGAUCGUUGCUUCUAUCUGCGGCCUUUACAGCAAAUAUGAACAAUGCCUGGCUGCUUCCGUUUUCAGUGAGACCAAGGGACAACGAUGCUCAUUCGCUUCACCCCUCAAUACACUGGCUAGAAUUGGACUGCAGCCAUUGUGUGAUGCGCGAACCCGUCCCUUGCUCGCCAAACAUCGCGAUUGCCUGCUGAAAUUGGCCGGCAACCCGAAGGCAAUCUGCCAAUCGGGAUUGGGCGGACUUGGUGGAGCUGUUCAGAAAAUGAUGCAGGGAGUCCAUUCCGAGGCUCUUCUAUGCAAAUCUUUCUACGUCAUCCGCGAGACGUUCGAGUGCGGAGAAUCAAAGGUCGCCGAAUUCUGCGAUGCUGGAGCUGUGGAGGACCUCGCAAAGGUGCGCCAACAGAUGUCCGGAAUUGGAGAAGAAGAAGGAUGCCCGAAGACAGCUCCGGCCAAUUUGGACGAAAUUAUCGCGCGUCCGGUUCAGCGCCCAACUCCCUUCCCCGUACCGCCAGCUCCGACUCGUGCCGGGGAUUCGGGAAUUCCCCACGCUCGUCCUCUUGCUCCGGUUUCCCAGCCCCGCCCUGUCACUCCUGCUGUGCCAGCUUGCACACCAGAGCAGCAGAAGCAAUUCCAAGACUGUGUCCAGCCAAUGACCGUCUUCCAACCUCACCCACUCAGCGUCAUCAAGGUGCCAAAGCAGAUCGAUGAGGCUUGCACCAAGUUCGGCGACUACAAGCAGUGCACCGGCGGAAUUGACUGUACCCCAUUGUGGGCGAAGGGCAUGAGCGCCAUGUUCGAAUUUGCCUGCGGAGAGGGAAUGGAAGCCUACACGAAGGUCAAACAAUGCAUCCGUAAAGUCACACUCGAAGAAAGCGUCAAGGAAUGUGUCGCCAUUUUCUCUCGUGGUGCCCCUCAACAAGCUUGCUUCUCCGCCAAUAAACUUUUGGCUUGCGCCAUCGGACCGGUCGAGCAAGAGUGCGGACAGGACGGCGCCAAGUUCAUUGUCGACUACGUCACCAAAUUCGCUACGGCCAUCGAUCCGCGCUGCAAGCUGGCUAGCCAGAUUCCAAUUGGUCGCGUUGUCGGAGUCUCGUGCUCGGCAGAAGAAGAGGCUAUCAUCGAAAACUGCGCUGCUCCGCUCAACGAGAUUGGAGGAAGAAUGGAGACUAUGUUCCAGGGCGGCCUCAACCAGCUGGUGAAAAACGCCAACAUGCUGGCCCCAAUUUUCGCUGGUGCUUGCAAUUUGACUGAUGAGUUCAGAUACUGCGCUGCCGGACCACUUUCCGGACGCUCGCCCUGCAUUGUCAGCGACUGCAUGGUGAAAGCCGGUGAAGAGAUUUGCGCCCAGCCCGAUCCCGUCAAGGCUAUUGACGACCAUUUGUCAUGCUUGUUUGGUCAGAUCCAAGAACCCGCCUUUGCAAAAUGCGUCCGCUCCACCCUCGCUACCGUCAAGCAGUUCUCGCUCUCUUCGUUCCGUUCUAUUCUUCCCAAAUUUACGGACUGCGUUGAAGAGAUCGUCAAGGGAAAAUGUGGACUUACGCCUAUUAAGGUGCUCCGUUCCAUUUCCUCACCCGAACUAUGCCCGCUUGGCCCAGCAGCCCCCGUCAGAUUCCAACCUCUUUUCACCACCGCCGCACCCACCGACGCCCAUCAACCCAUCCCCAACCACGGUGUUCAACCCGUUCAGCCAACGCGUGUCGAGCCGAUGGUAUGCGAGGGCGAGAUCCGCGCGCAGUUUGACCAAUGUGCUGGAGGCUUCUUCGGAAAAUACCGAAUGCUGCCCAUUGAACUGCUCAAUGAGUCCGACAAUAUGGAUCAGGUCUGCAGCGAUGCAGCUGGUCUUGAUUCGUGUGCGCGAGCUUUCAAGCUCUGCUCUACCCCGGAACAGCGUGGCCUCAAGGCAAUGACCUCGCAAAUUUGCGCAAGCCGUGCCGCUUACGACCAGCACAAGAUUUGCCUAAAGACAGUGGCCCGCCAGAACGCCCAGUGCAUGUCUCAAUUCCUUUCAUCAUCCGCCGCCGAGACCUGUGCGGCUAUCCAAGCUGCUGCCAACUGUAUGACAGCUGAGGUGGCUGCUCAAUGCGGACGCCCUGCCCUUGAUUACAUCUUCCCGGCGAUGACCGACUAUUCCAAAUAUAUUGACGCAAACUGCAAUAUCAUCCCUGCCACAGUCGAAGAAGGAACUUGCGGAGACUCCGCCAAGGCCGAGUUCCUGACUUGCCAGAUGAAACUCAAGUGCAAGUUCGAGCCCGCCUCCACGGCCAACCUCCAGCUUUUCAAUUCUAUCUGCAAGCAGGAUAUUACCCUCAGGGAUCAAAAGAAGUACGGUGCUUGUCUGUCGAACGCCGUCGGGUCGCAAGCCGGGAAUCAGUGCACAGCUCCAUUCAGAGCCUUGGAUUUCGUCUCUAGCAACUUGGCGGCAAGCUCAUGUAAAAUCUUGAACUCUGUGUUCUCGUGCAUCUUGCCGGUCGUUGAGAAAGAACUUCCGUGCACCUCUACGAUGACACAGUUGCGUACAUAUGCUCAACCGGCAAUCAAAUAUCGGGCCAAGCCGAGGAAACGCAGGGCUAUUUCGGCCACGACCAGUUACAAUCUCAACAGGGAUCGUCUUCCCCAAGUGGUGGCGAUUCCGUUGGCGGAAUCGUUGGACGUGAAGGGCAUCAUGGCCGACGAGAAUUUCGCGACGUUCUAUGUCGCAUCUGAUGUCUACGAAGACUUUGAAGAUGUCAUCCAUCUGGCCAAAAAGCGCGAAUAUUGUGUCUCCACUGACGAUCGCGAGGGCGAAAUCUUCAUUUUCCAAGAGGGUGUGAUUGUCUUUUGGAAUAUUAAAAUUGAAGAGAGGGUCCGUAUGUUGCGCUGGAUAGAGGACUAUCUGAAUAACUCGUACGGUGGUUCCUUAUCUGCCCAAGAACAAGACAGUAUGCCGUAUGGGCUUUUCGAUGAACCCCGGUCUAAGAUCAAGAAUGAUUGCUUCCAUCUCUCUUCCGACAAGCACAUUGACUUCUCGAAAGCGCCGGAUUCGAUUCUGGAGCGAUUUUCGUUUUCGCAUGCUUUCGCUGCUAGCGUGAAAAUCGGAGUUUGGGAAGAGAUGUUGAGCGGCCUCGCCGAAGCACAGGCAACGAUAUCGUCCGAUCUGAAGCAAGGCAAGAUUCGGCUUGGUCGCAAAGAGGCCCUCGUUCGUGCUGGCGAGUUCGCCGUUCUGCGGCACCGCGUGAAUAUCGACUGCAAUUUGUUGAACGAAGAUUUUUACUGGGAGCGUGAAGAUCUGGGUGCAUUCUACAAGAUGACCUACAAACAUUUUAUGCUGGAUCGCCGUAUCGAUUCGUUGAAUCGUCGUCUCGAUUACUGCGAGGAAUUGGUAAAGAUGGUCGAUAAUGCUUUGGCUCAUGAGCAGGCGGCGCGUUUGGAGAAGAUCAUCAUCUUGCUGAUCGUGAUCGAGGUCUUGUUCGACAUUCAUCACUUCUUGAAAGAUCGACAAGCAUCGAAUGUCGCUGCUGCGCUUGCGGAGUCUCAC